AUGAAGAGGGGCCACCUGACGGUGUCCGGGGGCGGGGAGCAGCUGGAGGUGGAGUGGGACCCGGACGUGCUGUCCGAGCUGGUGGUGUUCAACGGCCACCUGUACAGCGUGGACGACCGCACCGGGGUGGUGUACCGGAUCCAGGGCAGCCAGGCCGUCCCCUGGGUCAUCCUGCCCGACGGGGACGGCUCCGUCUCCAAAGGGUUUAAGGCGGAGUGGCUGGCGGUGAAGGAUGAGCGCCUGUACGUUGGCGGCCUGGGGAAGGAGUGGACCACCACGUCCGGAGAGGUGGUCAACAACAACCCGGAGUGGGUGAAGGUGGUCGGCCCCACCGGGGCGGUGCGCCACGAGAACUGGGGGCCGCACUACAACGCCCUGCGGAGCGCCGCGGGGAUCCAGCCGCCAGGCUACCUGAUCCACGAGUCGGCGGCGUGGAGCUCGGGGCUCCGGCGUUGGUUCUUCCUGCCCCGCCGGGCGAGUCACGAUCGCUAUGAGGAGGCCGCGGACGAGCGGCGCGCCACCAACCUGCUGCUGUCCUGCCCCGAGGACUUCAGCCGCAUCAGCGCCCGCCGGGUGGGCCCGCUCAGCCCCACGCACGGGUUCUCCUCAUUCAGGUUCAUCCCGGGAACGGGGGACCGGCUGGUCCUGGCGCUGAAGUCGGAGGAGGACGCGGGCCGGAUCGCCACCUACAUCACGGCCUUCUCACUGGACGGACGCGUGCUGAUGCCGGAGGAAAAGAUCGGAGACGUGAAGUACGAGGGCCUGGAGUUCAUCUGA